CCUUGUGGAGCUGGGACGGCAAACUUUAUAUGCUAAGUCUCAGGAAGAGGAGACUCUUUAUCUCCUAUGGAUCUCUAAAGUGAGAUGUUGGGUAGGAUAGGGAGAGAGCUGAGUGUUGGGGACUGCCUGGUACUUUGGGAGGAUUUAAUCUGCUGAGAGUGUGAACCUUCACCCUUGUAGUAUGACGGAAAAAGAAAUUGUUGAACCACCUGCAUCACCCACAUCAGAAGGGGGGAAAGAAGGGCUGCAGCGGCUAAAGCAGAUUUUCCAACGCAAGCCCGAGGAGGAGCCUGUCCCAGAGGAACCACAAGCCAAUGGGGAGCUGGUCAGCCCCUCGGGAGGACCCAUCUACUACAUCUAUGAGGAGGAGGAGGAGGAAGAGGAAGAGGAGCCUGAGCCACCGCCUGAGCCAGAAAAGCCAGUCAAUGACCGACCUCACAAGUUCAAGGAUCAUUACUUCAAAAAACCCAAGUUCUGUGAUGUCUGUGCCCGCAUGAUUGUCCUCAACAACAAGUAUGGCCUGAGAUGCAAGAACUGCAAAACCCACAUCCACCAUAGCUGCCAGGUCUAUGUGGAAUUUCAGCGCUGCUUUGGCAAGAUUCCCCCUGGUUUCCGUCGUGCUUACAGCUCUCCAUUGUACAGCGCCCAGCAGCUUGCUGGUGCAAACCGAAGCGACCCCGUGUUUGAGACGCUGCGGACGGGUGUUGUCAUGGCAAACAAAGAGCGCAAGAAAGGGCAGGACGACAAAAAGAAUCCAUUGGCUGCUAUGAUGGAAGAGGAAACGGAGCCUCCUAAGCAAGAGGGUGGCAAACCUGAGGAAGGGAAUCCAGAAGGACAGAAGGCCGAGAAGAAUGCCCCUGAUGACAAGAAUAAGAAGCAGCAGGCUGGGUUCCCACAGUCUCACUACUUCAUUGCACUUUAUCGCUUCAAAGCCUUGGAGAAGGAUGACCUGGAUUUCCACCCUGGAGACAAAGUUGCCAUUGUUGAUGACUCUAAUGAAGAAUGGUGGCGGGGCAAGAAGGUUGGAGAAGUUGGGGAGAAGAUUGGAUACUUCCCACCAAACUUCAUUAUCCGAGUGCGAGCAGGAGAACGAGUGCACAAGGUGAUGCGGUCCUUCGUAGGCAACAAAGAGAUUGGGCAGAUUACAUUAAAAAAGGAUCAGAUCGUGGUGCAGAAAGGCGAGGAGCUGAAUGGGUACGUGAAAGUCUACACUGGCCGCAAAGUGGGGCUCUUUCCCGUUGACUUCCUGCAAGAGAUCUGAAGUCCGGCCCUGGCGUUUACAAUGGUUUCAUAGCCAAGGCCAGAAAGAGCCAGGUUGUUUCCUUGGAGAGAGAUUCCGAGCUGCCAAGGACUCUCUGCAGUGGAGUGGAGUUCUGCGAAGUACCUGUGGCCCAGAGUGAAGAAAUCCCACCAAGGCCUGUGUCACUGAGCUAGGAUUCAAGGCAAGGAGUGCAUAAUUCUGUCACGUCAGGGGUCUCCAUGCUCCUCUGUGCUCUUGAACUCUAUGGUUUGGAGGGCAGCAGAUCCAAAAAUGGGUUUAGCCAUUAUCCCUUGAUGAUGUAGCCAUGGAGAUGCUGGGAUGUAGCCAAAGAUGUUCUGCUUCCUGUCUGCACAGGAAAUGGAUAGACAAUUCUUCACAUUGACUGCCAGACUUGACAAAUGACAUUUUGCUUCUGCCUCCUGCAGAUAGCACCAAGCUUGUGUGCGUGUGCUUACACAGUGACCUACAACUGUCUUUUUGCUGGCUCCCAGGAAGGGAGUCAGGGCUCCCAGUGUCCCUUGGGUGGAUUAGAUGUUAUGUUUUGCCAAUAUAUGUUAUCUCUCUACCCUCGACAACCUACCUACCUUCACAUAAAGCUGCAGGAUUUUGGAUUGGUAUCUCAGUGACGUAGCCUGAUUGCUUGGGAGGGUGAGGGGCAAUUCAGCUCCUGUUACUUUGAAGGAAUAUAUACCUCGUUUAUUAUCCUCUUCCUCUUGCCAUUGGAUUCUUUUUAGCUCUUCCCCUUGAGGUGAUCUUCUGGCCUCUGCUAUGAAGGAGACCUGAUGUAAGAGAUGACUGCAUUCUUGGCCAUUCUUUGUUCACAUGAGCAAGCAGAAGAUCAUGUCAUGUCACUAACAGCUUGAACACAGAAAAGAGUGAGCGGUGGGGGAGGGAUUACUUACCAUGGAAAAAAAGCAUUGUCUGCUCCCAUAAUUCUUGUGUACUUUUGAGUAGAAAGGCUUAGAGUCCAUGUUGAGUCAAGUCCUUUGGCUGUUACAAUGAUAUGCCCGUGGCUUGUGCAUCCUCCUUCCAUGCUCCUGGUGUAACAGCUGAAUUAGUUACUUGUGCUUCUUCUCCAUGGAAAGAUGUAUGAGCCAUGAUGUGUGAGUUCCAUCUGGAACUCAUGAAUUUCUCGGUGGGAGAGAGAUUCCGAAAGAAAGUCCAUGGGUCUGAUGGUUCUUAUUUGUAACGUCUGGAGCUGCCUGAUUUUGACUUGGAAAACCCAAUCCCAUAAGUGAAUCCCAUAUGGAGGUGAGGAAAGGUAUAGAAGCUGAACUGUGUUCUGCACUAUUGACAGAUUUUAGACAUGUUGCUGAGAAAGUUUACAAAUGGUAUUGGUGAGUAGGCUUGCCGUACGAGGUUGGGGGUUGCCACAUUUGGAGCAUGUGAUCGGAGGCUGCUCUUAGCUCCAUCAUUUCACACACGUCCUUUGCCCACUCAGCACCUUGAAUACUUGCAAAGCUAUUGACAUGCAAUGUUGUGUACAGUUGUUGAGCUGGGGUUUGUGUCCACACUUGGAUGCACUCACAUUCAUUUCAAGGAAGGCCAGGCCAAGCACGUUUGCAGACCUACUCACUCAGGCUCAUUGGCUCAUAGUCACUUGCUGGAGCAUGCAAAACGUACUCGGACUAUCAGCCAUUUCCCGUGUGCAUGCAUGCUCACACCUUGUUGUCCCCUUCUCAGUGUGUGUUGCCUGUUCAACCCUCAGAGAUAAACAAGAACACAUGUGAAAUCCUCUGUCUCCCUCUUUUAGUGCACUGAUGUCAUCCCAUUAUCAUGGUUUGUCAUGUUCCUGGUGCCUUGACCCAUAUAGAUUUCCCAGUUCCCAGAUGAUCCCCAAGCUGUGGAUAAGCCACUUCAGUCCGUGUUGGGUCCCUUGUCCAUUUGUAUUUCAAUUUUCACUCAGCUGAUGCUUUUGAGACACACACCUCCACUAUAAUUUGUUUUUGUUAAUCCCAGAGACAUAUCAGUGGUGCUUGGCCCAUGUUGCCAUGGGUUUAUAGAAGAUGCUGACAUAACUAAAACAUUUUCUACAGAUUUGGUCAUAUGGCUGUCUGAAACAUUGCUAGGGUUGUCUCCUUGAGAAAAACGUGUACAGUGGGCUUUGAAUAUACAUCUAUAGCUCACUGUCUAGAACCUUUCAGUGCACCUGUGAGUUGGUGAGGCAGAAAUUGACAGCUGAAAUGGAGUUAGGUUGACUAAGACGAUGUAAAUCGAGCAUAUUUUGUCUGUAAUACAAGCAGAAUUUAAUGUCUACACCACA